GGUGAUGGAGGCAGAGGACCCCGGCGCGCGGUGCCCGGGCGAUGGCGAGUGCGCGGUUCCCGGCUCCCCUCGCGGCGCCGCCCCGCCCGCGCGCACCCGGCUCCGCGCCUUCCUGUGGUGCCGCGAGUUCCUGGCCGGCUCCUGGAAGCUGAUCGCGCCCGAGGAGUUCGGCAUCAGCCCGGUCAGCGGGGGGCUCAGUAACCUGCUGUACAAGUGCAGCCUCCCGGACCGCGUCCUGAGCGUGGGCGAUGAGCCCCGGCAGGUGCUGCUGCGCGUCUACGGGGCCAUUCUGCAGGGCGUGGACUCGCUGGUUCUGGAGAGCGUGAUGUUUGCCAUCCUGGCAGAGCGGGCCCUGGGGCCGCGGCUCUACGGGGUCUUUCCCCAGGGGCGCCUGGAGCAGUACAUUCCGAGCCGGCGUCUGCGCACGGAGGACCUGCAGGACCCCGACAUCUCCAGGGAGAUUGCAAUGAAGAUGUCCCGCUUCCACGGCAUGGUGAUGCCCUUCAACAAGGAGCCCAAGUGGCUGUUUGGGACCAUGGAACGGUACCUGAAGCAGAUUGCCGAGCUCACCUUCCCCCAGGAAGCCCAGUGGAAGAAGUUCAACCAGCUCAAAGCCUAUAACCUGCAGCAGGAAAUGGGGAGCCUCAGGGAGCUGCUGGAGUCCACACCCUCCCCUGUGGUCUUCUGCCACAAUGACGUGCAGGAAGGGAACAUCCUGCUGCUGGCUGGGCGUGAGUCACAUCCCACUGACAAGCUGAUGCUGAUUGACUUUGAAUACAGCAGCUACAACUACAGGGGCUUUGACAUUGGCAAUCACUUCUGUGAGUGGGUGUACGACUACACCCACGACACGUGGCCCUACUACCAGGCCUCCAUGGAGAACUACCCGACGCGCCAGCAGCAGCUUCACUUCAUCCGGCACUACCUGUGGGAGGACUCGGGCCGGCGCGGGGACACCACGCACGAGGAGCAGGCCCACAUCGAGGAGGAGAUGCUCACUGAGAUCAGCCGGUUUGCUCUGGCCUCUCACUUCUUUUGGGGCCUCUGGUCCAUCCUGCAGGCGAAGAUCUCCACCAUUGAGUUCGGCUACCUGGAUUACGCGCUGUGUCGUUUCGAGGCCUACUUCCAGCAGAAGGCGCAGUGCCCGUGACCGGCCCGGCUCUGCCUGCCCUGCGCUCGCCUGCCUCAGGCCCCGGGGCUGGCUGUGCUGCAGACACGUGGGGCCUGGCCGGAGCAGCGCAGUGGCCCCUCCCCGCCAAGGGGACAGCAGCUGGCAAGGACCCCAAGGGACCAAUGCCCCCAGACCAGCCUCCCUUGCCUCCUGGGACGGGGGAGUGCCCUGGCUGGCCAGUGAGCAGGGGUGGGAUUUGGGGGUCUCCCUGCAGGCGUUUGGGGGCAGGGCUGGGCUGUCGGGGAGGGAAACGGUUCAUAUUCCGGUUUGGGGAGUGAGGAUCCCCACCCCCUCCAGGGUGGGCUGUGUGGGGCCGGCUCUCCCCACUGCCCAUUGGCGGAUGUUCUGUGUGGCUGUGGGGGUCCCGCUCAGCAGGGCGGCUGCAGCCUCGGCCCCUCUCUGGGGCCGGAGGGGCUCGGCUACCCUGGGUUCCCUGCGAGUGCACUUGGGGCUGCACACUGGGAGGUGGGGCCUGGGAGCUGAAUUUGCCACAUGUGCGUCUGCCUCUGUCCCUACAUCUCUGCCUCCCCUGGCCUGCGGCGCUGCCCAGCUCUGCCGCCCUAGUGCCCUUCCUGCCUGCCGAUGUAACCUGGGGGCCCCCUGGGGCUCAGCGAGCGUGGGCUGCGGGGGGAGACAUGGGUGCUCUGCCCCUGCCCCCCGCAGGGCCUUUUUCUGGAGAAGCAGGGGGUGUUUGUAGGGCAGUGCUGGCCUGGCUCCAGCGCCUUUCCCGCUGCUGGGAAUGCGGGGUGGGCUCUAGCGGGGUGUCCCCUGCUCCGGCUGGGGAAGGGAG